UACCAUCACUGCUCAGAGCGAGAGAGUGUGUGUGUGUGUGUGUGUGAUAGGGUAAGUGUAUGUGUGAGAGAGAAGGAAAGCAGUCAUGCCUCUGUCCAGAUCUCUGUCUAUGAGCUCGCUGAGCGGCCUGCCGCUGUGGGAUCAGGAGGAGCUUCCUGUAGAUGAGCUGCUGCUGUUUGAAAUAGCCUGGGAGGUAACCAACAAAGUGGGAGGAAUUUACACCGUCAUCCAGACCAAGGCCAAGAUCACAGUGGAUGAAUGGGGGGAGAACUUCUUCAUGAUCGGCCCGUAUUAUGAGCACAACUUCAAGACCCAGGUGGAGCAGUGUGACCCUCCUAAUGCAGCCAUUAAAGCAGCCAUGGACUCCAUAAAGAAUAACGGCUGUCAGGUACAUUUUGGUCGUUGGCUCAUAGAGGGAAGUCCCUAUGUGAUCCUGUUUGAUAUCGGAGCCGCUGCCUGGAACCUGGACCGCUGGAAGGGAGAUCUGUGGAACACCUGCAGCAUCGGGCUUCCCUACCACGACCGAGAGGCUAACGACUCGCUCAUUUUCGGCUCGCUCGUGGCCUGGUUCUUUAAAGAGUUAACAGAUAAGCUUCAGGAUAAGCCGAAUGUAGUCGCUCACUUUCACGAGUGGCAGGCCGGGGUGGGACUGGUGCUGAGUCGAUCCCGUAAAGUGCCCAUGGCCACCGUCUUCACCACACACGCCACUCUCCUGGGCCGUUACCUGUGUGCAGGAAACGCUGACUUCUACAAUAACCUGGAUAAGUUUGACAUAGACCGAGAGGCAGGAGAGAGGCAGAUUUACCAUCGUUACUGUUUGGAAAGAGCUGCAGUCCACUGCUCUCACGUUUUCACCACAGUCUCUCAGAUCACCGCAGUGGAGGCAGAUCACAUGCUCCACAGAAAACCAGAUGUGGUUACGCCAAACGGCCUGAACGUAAAAAAGUUUUCAGCGAUGCACGAGUUUCAGAACCUGCAUUCAAUGAACAAACUCAAGAUCCAGGAGUUUGUUAGGGGGCACUUUUAUGGGCAUCUGGACUUCAAUCUGGAGAAAACCCUUUUCUUCUUCAUCGCAGGCCGGUAUGAAUUCUCCAAUAAGGGCGCUGACAUCUUCCUGGAGUCGUUAUCCAGACUGAAUUAUCUCCUUAGGGUGCAUAAGAGUGACGUGACGGUGGUGGUGUUCUUCAUCAUGCCAGCAAAGACAAACAACUUCAACGUAGAAUCUCUAAAAGGCCAGGCAGUGCGUAAGCAGCUAUGGGACACUGCUCAGACUGUAAAGGAGAAGUUUGGAAAAAGGCUGUAUGAAGCCUUGUUGAGGAGUGAGAUCCCCGACAUGAACAAGAUUCUGGACAGAGAUGACUUCACCAUAAUGAAGAGAGCCAUUUUCGCAACACAGAGACACAGUCUUCCUCCAGUCACCACUCACAACAUGCUGGACGAUUCCACCGACCCAAUCCUGAGCAACGUCCGGCGCAUUGGCCUCUUCAACUCCCGCAACGACAGAGUCAAGGUCGUAUUUCACCCGGAGUUCCUCUCCUCCACCAGCCCAUUGCUGCCCAUGGACUACGAGGAGUUUGUUCGCGGCUGCCAUUUAGGAGUGUUUCCCUCCUAUUAUGAACCCUGGGGCUACACACCAGGUGAAUGCACAGUAAUGGGAAUUCCAAGUGUAACGACUAACCUGUCUGGGUUUGGCUGCUUCAUGGAGGAGCACAUAUCCGACCCCUCUGCCUACGGAAUCUACAUUGUGGACCGCCGGUUCCGCUCAGCAGACGAGUCGUGUAAUCAGCUGACCCAGUUCAUGUUCUCCUUCUGCCAGCAGUCCCGCCGUCAGCGUAUCGUCCAGCGGAACCGAACUGAAAGACUCUCGGACCUGUUGGACUGGAGAUACCUGGGACGGUUCUACAUGCAUGCUAGACAUCUAGCCCUCAGCAGAGCAUUUCCUGAACGAUUCAAGAUUGACACUCUGGCACCUCCUCCAACUCAAGGAUUCCGGUACCCCAGACCCUCCUCCGUCCCGCCCUCUCCCUCAGCCUCCCUCCAUUCCACCCCCCACCACAGUGAUGCAGAGGACGAUGAUGAUGAUGAUAAUGAGCCUUAUGAUGAAGAUGAGGAGGCAGAAAGGGACAGGCUGAAUAUUAAAGUGCCCUUCAGUCUAGGGGCCGUCCCUGAGGGGAAGAAGAAGCAGCCGGGCGAAUACGGGAAUUAAAAGCUGCUUUUAAAGCUGCUUUUAAACCAACGACAGCAAUGUUCACAACCCCAUACUGAUGGACACUUCUUCUUUUUGUACUGAUUGUAUAUCAGGGGAGUUGUGCCCUAAACAGUCAGGUCCAUUUUGCUUCUGUUCACUUUCACAAUGGAUUUGAUUUGAUGUGAACAGUACGCAAUUAAUGUGAAGAGUUUCAGCUUUAAUUUUAAGGUGUUUAAUUAAACAAUAUAUUUACAUUAAACAAUACUAACUGUUUA